AUGAGCAGCUUUUUUAAGCAAAAUGUUAAGACCCCUAUCGUGAAACUGCUCAAGUCUGGCGCUUCCCCUAGCAGCAUUGCACUGGCCAUGGCGUUUGGUGUCUCUGGAGGAAUCUUUCCCAUUCCUGGGGUCACAACUGUACCCGUAAUGGCUGCCAUCUUUCUCUUUCGACUGAACCCCGUAGCUGCCAUGCUUACAAAUUACCUCAUGACGCCACUAAACAUUGCGUCUAUCCCCGUCUUCAUCUAUUACGGCAACGCUUUGUUUGGAGGAGGUGAAGGUGACAGUGAGUUUGCCAUGAGCAGCUUUAUGGAGGACAUGAAGACAGACACGAUCAACACGCUGCUGGUCUUCCGCUUUACGCUAUUGCACGCCAUCUACUUGUGGCUGCUUACCAUGCCGGUGCUUACACUUGCCGUCUAUGGCGUGCUUACACCCGUUCUACGUCGUGUUAUGCCCAAGAGCAAAGAUGAGGGGAAGCAUGCCUAA